AUGGCUACAGCUUUCCUGGGUUACCAACAUAGCCCAAAAUGGUUUGAUAUAAGUAAUAAAGGGAUUAUUAUAAAUUAUAAAGUAAAAAGAUCUUUUAACAAAAGUAUGGUAAAAAGAGGUUAUCAUACAAGCAAUUCUUCUAAUAUAACAGUAAUCUCUCAAAGAUUAGAAACUAUUAUUAGUGAAUUAGGUUUAAACCCCAUAUAUAUGUAUGAAAAUUUAAAUGUAGAAGACACUAAAAAACAAAUUUUAAAUGAUACAAGGGGUUUGAGUGGCGUAUACAUGAUAAUGAAUAAAACAACAAAAGAUUAUUAUAUAGGUUCUGCGUCCACUAAUAGAUUUUAUGCCAGAUUCUGUAAUCAUGUUAUUCAUUUUACAGGUAGCAAAAUAGUUAAAUUAGCAAUUAAAAAGUAUGAAGUGAAAAACUUCGCUUUUAUUAUAUUAGAUUUAUAUCCAAAUAUCGUUACCAAAGAAAAUAACAAAGAAUUAUUGGAUCUAGAAGACAAAUAUCUAAAAUUAUUAGUACCUAAUUACAAUAUUUUAACAGAAGCAGGUUCUAGUUUUGGUUGCAAACAUACUGAAAUUGACCGUCAAAAAAUGAAAGAUAUAUUUAGUGAUGAUAGACGGCAACAAAUAGGUAAUCUAAAUAAAGGUAAAAAGUUAUCUCUCGAAACAAUAGAAAGAAUAAGAGAAAAAGCUUUAGUUAGACCCCCUAUGUCAGAUGAAACUAAAAAUAAAUGUGUUGUUCAUACAAGACCUGUUGUGUUAUAUAACUUGGAUAGAACUGUCUACGGUAAAUAUUCUACUAUUAUAGAAGCUGCAGCUGCUAUAAACUGUAAUGAAAAAACCAUAAGAAGAGCACUGCAGACAGAAAAAAAAUUAGUAAAAAGACAGUGA